GUAUUUUGCUGACUAAUGCUGAAGUUUCCUAGUGGCUGAUGCAAACCUGGAUUUUUAUCUCAUCAUUAGUAGCAGUAGCUCCACACAGCAGAAACAGUAAUUCUGGGUGUUACAAGAGGGGCUGGAUCAUAAUGACAAGGCAGUUGGCAGGGAGUGAAAAGCAGGUAUCUAAAAGAGAGUGGGUUCAUCCAACAGUAAAGUACAGAGACAGCUGCCUGCUGUGGGGCUACAAGAAAAGCUUGAGCUUUAGCUGCCAGCCCUCGCUCUGCCCUGUUUGAACAGCCACAGUUUGAUGUAAUCUGAAGGCAAAGAACUUUGCUAUGGGCCGUAAACCUGUUGUUAAUCCCAGCAUCUCCAAUGGAGGUUAUGCUAAAAGGGAUUCUUCUGGACAGUUUGACAGUUCGGACUGCAACAAUACAACAGUUAGUGAUAAAGUGGAGCUGAAAAAGAAAGUAACUUUGCUCAGAGGAAUCUCACUUAUAACUGGAACAAUUAUUGGAGCUGGCAUCUUUAUUUCACCAAAAGGUAUCCUCAUGAAUACUGGAAGUGUGGGAAUGUCACUCAUAAUCUGGACUGCUUGCGGAGUGCUGUCACUUUUUGGUGCACUCUCUUAUGCCGAACUUGGCACAUGCAUCAAAAAGUCUGGUGGUCAUUAUACCUACAUCCUGGAAGCUUUUGGUCCACUGGCAGCCUUUGUCAGACUUUGGGUGGAGGUCCUUGCUAUACGCCCCGCUGCUACUGCUGUAAUAUCUUUGGCCUUUGGCCAGUACAUACUGCAGCCAUUAUUUAUGCCAUGUGAGGUACCUGAGCUACUAAUGAAGAUUGUCACAUCCAUUGGAAUUACCUCUGUCAUGUAUUUAAACAGCAUGAGUGUGUCCUGGAGUGCUCGCAUUCAGAUUUUUCUUACAUUCUGCAAACUUUUGGCAAUGUUAAUUAUCAUCGUUCCUGGAUUGUUUCAACUGUUCAAAGGUGAAACCCAGAACUUUCAUAAUGCGUUUGGUGUAAAUGAAAGCCCUGUCAUGGGAUUGCCUCUUGCUUUUUAUUCAGGAAUGUAUGCCUACGCUGGAUGGUUCUAUUUGAAUUUUGUGACGGAAGAAGUUGAAAAUCCUGAAAAAACUGUUCCUCUUGCUAUAUGCCUGUCAAUGGUGAUUGUAACAGUUAGCUAUGUGCUAAUAAAUGUGGCUUAUUAUGCUGUAUUGACUGCCGAAGAGAUGCUUGCCUCAGAUGCUGUUGCAAUGAGCUUUGCUGCAAAAUUAAUGGGAAAAUUUUCCAUAGCUGUUCCAAUAUUUGUUUCUCUUUCUUGCUAUGGAUCAAUGAAUGGUGGCAUAUUUGCUGUUUCUAGGAUGUUUUAUGCUGCUUCUCGUGAGGGUCACUUACCUGAACUGUUGUCCAUGGUUCAUAUCCGAAAACAUACACCAUUACCUGCAGUUAUUUUUCUGUACCCUUUAACAAUACUAAUGCUGUUUGUGGGAGACAUUUACAGUUUACUAAAUUUUAUGAGCUUUGUCAGGUGGCUGUUCAUUGGAAUCGUCAUUAUGGGACUUAUAUACCUGAGAUACAAACAACCACAAAUGCAUCGUCCUUUUAAGGUUCCACUGUUCAUUCCAGCUUUAUUUUGUUUUAGCUGCUUUCUUAUGGUUGGACUUUCGUUAUACUCAGAUCCCAUCAACACAGGGAUUGGUUUUGGUAUUACACUUACAGGAAUUCCAGCUUAUUAUAUCUUUAUUGUAUGGAACAAAAAGCCAAAAAUUAUACAGAAGUUUACAGAUUCAACAUCAAGGACACUGCAGAUUAUUCUUGAAGUUGUGUCGCCUGAAUAGCAAAGGAAAUUACAUGUUACCAUGUAACAGUGACAGAGCUUAAAAUCAUUUUAUAUGAAGCACCACCAGCUGAAGGAUUAUACACUGGAAAUUUUUUCUCUUCAGGAGGAAAUGACAAACCUCAAAAGCUCAAAACUGUAGGGUUUCAGAUAUAACAUGAGGCCAAAAGCAAAAGCAUCAGACUUAACUUACUGUUGUAUAUACCAAGACAAAAACAGAAGAACCACAAAAUGUUUAAAAUAGUCAUUUACAUUACUGAAUUAAUGUACUAGUGUAAAAUCCAAAUUGCAACAAGACAUACCAUAUUUUUGUAUUAUGUAGCUCAUUUUAUUGGAAAUAUUGACUGAAUAUAAUGGUGCUACACAGUGCUUUGCCACCUUGCCCUGAAUGUGUGGGGCAGAUGCAAUGUGCAGAGAAACCUCUCUAGAUCGACCUGAGUUUCUUCCAUAUACCUACUCCAUUUUUCUCUUUUUUAAAAAUUUUCACAGUUUAUGAGAGGUCAUUAUGGUGUCAUAAUAAAUGUUUUGUAAUUUAGAGUCUAAUAUAUCACGUUUAGACCAAGUAACAAAGAAUAAGACUGCGAUUUCAGUAGUUAUUGAAAUAAAACAUUCAAAUAAUAACAUUAUAUAGCAUUCUCAAACCUGAUUAAUCCAAAAUUGUGAGGGAUUUUAUCCCAGCAGCCCUGGGUACAAAGGAGAAACCAACUCUGGACAGGCUAUUAGUCAAUUACAGGAUCCUCUCACACACAAGCAGAAACAGCCACAGUCACACUCAUUACCCUAACUUGCACACCUUGGAGAUAAAUAGAUAGAUAGAUCUCAGCAUUUCCCAACCUAUAGGCCACGGCUAACCCUGGCUAAUCCCAACUUCCUCCCUCUCACUGCUUCAAUGAUAGUGCUUGUUUCACGAUGGAAGCACCAUGGGUGGAUCACCACUCAUCCUGGACAACCUGCCCAACCCUGCUCUAAUGAUUAUGCUCGAUUCAUAAAGAAGGAAAACCAUUGAUGACUGAAUUUCAUCUAACGUUUGACAAUCGUGCAAGACCACCCCCGACUAUGUGGGAGAUGUGGGAGGAAUAAACAGAGUACCAGAAGAAAAAAAAAGAAAUAAACUGUAAAGUCCAUGGACAGAAUUUAAACCAUCUGUGAGGUGGCAGUGCUAUAUUUUGUGCUACUAAGCCCCUGUUUCCCCACCCCCACAGCAUAUAUAAAAUCACUCUUAUAAUUUAUGUGUUUUAGUUGUUCCAGUGUUUGUAAAUUGCAUGGACUUGAAAAUUAAACACAGCAGACAAAUUAUUUACACUGCUGCCCGACAGCUUCAGAGUCGAGGGUUUGAAUCCUGGCUUGACCAAUGUCUCUGUGUAAGUGGGUUUCUCCUGCAUACUCUGUUCUUCAAUCUAUAGUCCAAAGAAACACAUAUUAGGAUAACUAUGUUACUCUAAAUUGAUCUCAUAUGAAUGAGUGUACGUGGUGGCACCCAUGUGUCCUAUAAUGGACAGCCUCAACCUAUCCAUAGUUGCUCUUUGAUUUCUAGAUCUGCCAGGAGAAACACGGGCUAUCAGUGACAUUGAACUGAAUUGAAUGGGUCUGAUGAUGAUGUAUAAAUGAAUAGAUGUGCACAAAACAUUCCAUGGUUAUGUUAUUACAUACUGUAUGAUGUUACCCAUGCCCAGAAUGUAAUGCAAACGAAGAAAAUGUUAAAACAAAUUUGAUCUCCCAUGUAUUGUACUGUAUUUGUUUAAAUAAAAUGUAGUUUGUCUAAACUUAUGAAUACAGAAAAGUAUUGACAUAUAAUGCAUAUGUUUUUAAAUAUUUUCCAUAUGUUUUUACACUGAAUAUAAUGUAAAGGAUUAAAAUGCUGAAGCAAUUUAAGUUACUUA